CGAGCGGAAGCCAUGUUUGUUGUUCUUCCUUCUGCGUCCCGGGGUGUUCGGAGGUCUGAGCGGCGCAAACGCUCCGUCUGCAUGUCUUUGUCACUCUGGUCGCCCAGUUUUCUCUGCCGAUCCCGAAUGCAGAUUAUCAGGCAUGCCAAAGGAAAAAUAUGAUCCUCCAGAUCCUCGCCGAUGUUACACCAUCAUGUCAACUGAGGAGUCGGCCAGCGGGAAGAAGUCCCACUGGGCAGAGCUUGAGAUAACUGGCCGGGUGAGGAAUCUGAGCGGUUCGUUGUGGACACUCACCCACCUGACGGCGCUGCACAUCAGCGACAACAACCUGAGCCGCAUCCCGCCGGACAUCGCCAAGCUGCCCAACCUCGUCUACCUGAACCUGUCGUCCAAUAAGCUUCGCAGUCUGCCCGCCGAACUAGGCAACAUGGUCUCUCUCAGGGAGUUGCUUUUAAACAACAAUCUUUUACGAGUUCUGCCUUAUGAACUUGGGAGACUCUUCCAGCUACAGACCCUGGGGCUGAAAGGUAACCCUUUGUCCCAAGAUAUUCUCAAUCUCUACCAGGAGCCGGAUGGAACCAGAAAGCUUCUGAACUACAUGCUCGACAAUCUAGCAGUGCACCCAGAACAGCUGCCCCAAAGACCCUGGAUCACUCUGAAGGAGAGAAACCAAACCAUCCCCACAGCCAUGUUCACGGUCAUGUGCUACAACGUGCUGUGUGACAAGUACGCCACGCGGCAGCUGUACGGCUACUGUCCCUCCUGGGCCCUCAACUGGGAGUACAGGAAGAAGGGAAUCAUGGAGGAGAUCACCAACUGUGACGCUGACAUCAUCAGUCUGCAGGAGGUGGAGACGGAGCAGUACUACACCCUGUUCCUGGAUACGCUGAAAGACCGCGGCUACAACGGAUACUUCUGCCCCAAAUCCCGCGCCAAGCUGGUGUCGGAGCAGGAGAGGAAGCACGUGGACGGCUGCGCGGUGUUCUUCAAAACGGAGAAAUUUACCUUGGUGCAGAAACACACGGUGGAAUUCAACCAGGUGGCCAUGGCAAACUCAGAGGGGUCAGAGGUCAUGCUGAACAGAGUGAUGACCAAAGACAACAUCGGGGUAGCCGUCCUGUUGGAGGUCAACAAGGGCAUGUUCUCUGGUGGCCUGAAGCCCCUUCAGGAGAGGCAGCUGAUCCUGGUGGCCAAUGCCCACAUGCACUGGGACCCGGAGUACUCCGAUGUCAAGCUGAUCCAGACCAUGAUGUUCCUGUCCGAGCUGAAGAGCAUCGCCGAGCGGGCCUCGGGCUCCGUAGCCACAGGCUCGCCCACCUGCGACCCGUCCGCUAUCCCCAUUGUCCUGUGCGCUGACCUCAAUUCACUGCCCGACUCCGGUGUGGUGGAAUACCUGAGCAAUGGCGGCGUGGCCGAGAAUCACAAGGACUUCAAGGAGCUGCGCUACAACGAAUGUCUCACCAACUUCAGCUGCAACGGCAAGAACGGCAACACAGACGGCAGCAUCACCCACAACUUCCAGCUGAAGAGCGCCUAUGAGAACAAUCUGAUGCCUUACACCAACUACACGUACGACUUCAAGGGCGUGAUCGACUACAUCUUUUUCUCCAAGACCCACAUGAGUGUGCUGGGCCUGCUGGGACCGCUGGAGAGCCAGUGGCUGGAGGAGAACAACAUCACCGGCUGCCCCCAUCCCCACAUCCCCUCGGACCACUUCUCCCUGCUGGCCCAGCUGGAGCUGCACCCGCCCCUCCCGCACCCACUCAACCCGCUUAACGGGCUGCACUUGCCGGUCCACAGGUAGUGCAGCCCGAUUACAUGCCCCCCCCUCGCCCCCAAAAAAACUCCCAUUCUACUCACUACACCCUUCAAAAGCUCUACCAGCUCCUAUACCGCCCCACCCAACCCCACCCCACCCUACCCUCCCACCCUCGCCCACACACUGCCAUCCCUCCUCCAGGACCCUGUACAGUCGACCCACUGAUCCUGUUUAAACUCGGACACGGCUCGACCGACCGACCACUGACCAUGCCCCUCCCAUCCUGAGAGGAGUGAAGUAUUUGCCUGUUAAUGCACCUUUUCUGUGUUGCUGCACAAUGUAAUGUAAAAAAAAUAUUAUUUUAUUAUUUUCCCCCUGUCUUUCUUUCUCAUUUUCAUCUCCCUUGAAAGGCUUGAAACCAAACGGUGAGGGUUGGCAUCCCACAGUCGCAGUGGUAACCUCCCCUGCAUGUCGCCGUGUUUUGGGGGUUUUUUUUUUUGGAGGGGGGGGUGUUGCCUUACAUUCUGUUCACAAUCGCCACUACUCCUCUGAUUCACCUCCUGAAAAUAGCAGCCUUUUUGUUUUGUUUUUUUGUUUUGGGAGUUUCGCAUGAUUUUUUUGCGUGUAUUUCAAAUUAUCUGUUUCACACUGGGCUUGUUUUCCUUCCCCUCCUCACAAAGUUAUUUAAUCAGGGUUGGCAAACUGUUGUUUGAACGAGGAAGCACCGUAGUAUAGGUUUAACACUACCUCUCUUACAUGUAUGUAGUGUUAAUUACAGCAGCAUGGUCAGAACACUAAAAUACAUCACUAUUCGGUAUAUCCAUAAAAAAAAUCAAUAUAUGAAAUGAUCUCCAUUUCCAGCUGCCCUUCAAAUCUUUGAUGAUGUGGUUAGCUCCCUGCCUCUCUAAUCUGAACUAAACACUGUUCAAAUGCUGCUUGCACAUGACCACAAUGUUUCUGCGUUCUACUUCUAUGCACCUCCCCAUCUGCUUGCAUUGCUUGCCAAGCUUUUAUGCCAGAGUUCUGCAUAUUUCUCAAAAACCCUUAAUUUUUUUUUUUUUCGAAAUCUUUGCAUUUUUCUCGGGAGCCAGCAGUUUGCUUGACAGUGCCAACAUGAAGUUUAAUUUCAUUCUACUGGCACACAUUUAAGUUGAGUUUGAUAAUGUGUUGCAGUCUUUGGAAGUGUCAGUGAAAUAUCAAACCGAGGUAGUGGACACUCCUGUCGUAACCCUCACAGGCACUUUUUUCACUCAAACCCUUAAUUAUUUUUACCAUCACAGCAAACGUGUUGCUCCUUCUCGCUGAGGUACCGGGAGAAAAAUGUCAUCAUAGAUUUUGUUUUUAAAUAUAUAUAUAUAACCCUGGCAAUCACUAAUUGUAUGUUAUUUGAUUGUUCCAUUUUUAAAGGAGUGCGUAUUAACUGCUGCCAUCUUUUUUUCUUUUUUUUUUUUUAAAUGCUUUGUCCUUUCUCCCAGUAAGUGAUUGGCCAGAGUCAUACCAGAAUGAAUGACACAAUGCUUUUGUCGUUCUAUUUGUGAAUUGCUGUAAAAAACAAUUUAGAGAGAAUAUGAACCUGUGGAGAAUUACUCUGUGAUUUCUGACCCGGAGCCGAAUGUAUUGCAGAAAGCUCACUGCGAAAACUGGGUUUCGACAGCCUUCUGAUGCCAGAUUCCCACGGUCUUUUACCUUCGUAACGUUACCUGACCGAUGAAAGAGUGAUGAAAAGAGAUAGCCCUUUAUUUCAAGCUUUGACUCAGGGCUAUUCUAUGCACUCAGAAGUACCUCUAAAAUGAUUUGACUUUCUGUGUCGUGUUCUAUGAGCAAAACCAAAACAGAUGCUACUGCUUUGAAAACAGUUUGUAAGCGCCGGUCUGUUCAGACUUGUACAAUAUUUGUAUGUCACAGAUGAAGCCAUUGUAGAGGUGCCACUGCUGGCUGCAAGCCUGCUCAAACCUCUGCAGCCUCUUUGGCUCCAUCCCCAAGGUGAACUAUUUAGAAAAUCUCAGUUUUAUUUCUUUGUCGGCUAUUUGAAGGCACAGGGAAUGUUUGGAUGGUUGGGCCAGAGACGAUAGCUUGGUUUUUAAAAUGUGCUAAUGUGGGUUGACUGUAUGGCUUUAAAGAAUUGUCUUCACUACAAAUGCAGCACAGAGGCAUCGUAACUAUAAAUACAAGCAGGGUGAUUUCUAUCGUGGCUGCCACUGCAGACCACACGUGUGAUAUUCCACAUUUCUGUCCCGGGCUACUUCACACUCUAGUGCCUAGUUGGUGGAUGAUCUAGUAAUCUUUGCCUCUUUGAGACUUAAUAAUAUUGUUAUAACUUGGUAUGCUCUGAAAAAAAAACAAGCCAUAAUUUGGGGGUAAAUUCUGUCUACGCAAAAUGGCUCGUUGUAAACCUAGCUUUAAGCCGCAGUCAACCAGAUGUUAGUGGCCCGGACGGUAUUGGCUUGGCUUUGCUUUAUUUGCACAUGGAUCGACGCUAACAGAUUAUGCUGACGAGUUUGCCUCUGACUGAGACGGCAGUUCGAAGUCAAGACUUUUGUGGGCAUUUCAAGGCCUAUACUUCACUCCUAAACUCACUACACGGGGCAUUCCGGCUUUGUUUGUACAGUUUUACAUAAACAGUAGUUGAAGUGCCUCAGACGAGCAGGCGUCUUUAACAUCUGCUGGGGAAUGUACCGUUCCCCGACAGAAGGGGUCACAUAGGUUGAUUGGAGCUGUGCGUGGCGUUGUACUUUUGUACACAUGUGAAUACCCACCUACCACUCGACCCAGUUGUUCUCACAGAGACCCGGUGGCUCCGUCAGACAUUUUGAUUUUUGAACAACAGGCACUUUUUUUCUGUCUCAAAACUGAAAUGCGGUCUUCAGUUGACACUUUGUACAAAUCAGCAUUACCGAGCUUUUGAAAACCAGAUAAAUGUUGUAGAUUAAGAACGAAAUUGUCGUGAUGGCUUUUUAUUUCCCCACUGCAAAUCUGGAUGUUCUCUCAAAGCCGCGCUGCCCACGCUCUGAGACAACGCUCCAGUCCAAAGUUCUGUCUUGCUUUGUAUGUUCAUCCAGCUUCACGAUGGAAGAACAAACAAACGCCUCUUCAGAUUCUCAUCACAGGCUUUCGUGAGCUCGUCCACAGGCACUUCAUGUAUCUCACGGUAGACCACAUCAGAGGAAAUCCACAUCUAUCGGUAUCUGCAGGCGUUCAACCCUUUGUGUUUUUGUAGAGCAUAUCUGACAUACUUUUUCUACAAACAACGUGCCUAGUUUGUACAAUUCCCUCAACAGCAGCACUGCCCAUGAGACCAAGCCACUCGGAGAAAACCCAGCACUGUCAUCCCUCCCUCCACACAUCCCUUUGUCCAUCCAUCCAUCCAACCAUCCCGCCAACUUUCCCCCGUUUCCGCCAUAUUUUACCAGACCGUUUGGUGAUGAGAUUAUAGGGUAUCGAGCCUCACAAGAUGAACUUCCCUUGUCUGACUCGGCACUUGUUCUGAUGAGCCACAGAUACGGCUUUUGUGUGAAGCCAAACUUUCUUCUCCUUUUUUUUUUGUACUCUUCAGGCCAACGACAAAAGUUUCUUUACGAGUCAUUUGCCAUAUUUUGUAUCAGUCAGGCGAUCAGAUCAGAUCCACGUUGAUAGCUGAAUGUUGACUGGUAUGCUUAUUGUACCAACGCAUUGGCGAGGACGCGAGUACCCUGUGUCAGAAUUAUCAUGACCGUCGUCAUGUACCAUAUCUGAAUGUAAAAACCCUGUUCUGUCAUCCCCCCCCCACCCCCACUGGUUUUAUUUUAACGAGUUGUGAAUUGGAUGAUAGCUGCAUUAUCUUUUGUCUUUGGGGGGCCCCCCCGAGUCAUCCAUAGCUUCAACGAGACCGCUCCCCUCUUGCCCGCAACGGCUCAAGAAAGGUGGAAGCAAAAAAACACUCAUCCAUCUAAACGAGUUGACAAUGCCAGAGAGCUGUCAAGUGAGUCUCCAUCUGCCUUACCCAUGUUGAAUCUGACUGGGCAGGUUGUCCCUGCGUCCUUGACAGUCACAGCUAAACGGCAGCUGUGUUAUGUUCAGCAAUGGUUUUAUGUAACUUCAUAAAUACUCAACCUGUGGAAAAGCAUUCUGCAGACAACAGACGGCUGUGUAGUGUCCGAACUUGGUGAAAAUGUACUCAACAUUGUAUGCAAAAGGGAUGUAAGAACGAAAUGUUAGUCGAAGGUUGUACUAACAACACUGAAUUGUCUCGCCUCCGGUUGUACGCCAAAGGGACAGUUCAGAAGUUUUGUGGCCCGCCACUAUUUUCUACCCGCUGCUUACGUUGUCGGUUGUUUUCACGUUCGUCUGUCCUGGACUUCAUACCGGACACGCAGCUCCUGCCAGCCAGCUACGCUGCAGUGCAUGUCAAUGGGGACAGUUGGGGAUAAUUCUCCUCCUGUUCAGAAAAAGUUUACCGUGGGUCGCCUGAAGCAAUUACAAGGCUACUUAAUGGUGGGUAGGAAAUAGAAGGGGGCUUUAAAACGUAGGAACUAUUCCUUCAAGUAUCAGGGAGAAAUUUCAUUGGUUAACAACCGACACGGUAGCCCACUACUGUGCACUUGAAGCACCUUUCCAUCGGUAAACACACAGGGUCAAGUAGGGUUAAUGAGCCGUCGUCUGGCAGAGCUUCUGGUUACACUUUACAAAGGGGAAACGGCAAAAAAAAAACUGUUGGAAAAUUAGAUUUGGUCACUUUUCGGGAGAAUCGAUUAACCGCCUCACAUUUUCAAAAGUCUCUCAACUAGCCAGCUGGCUGGGGAGCUAAUAAGUUCGAAGCUGUUUUUCUCAGUUUGUGUAGUCUGGGCACAUGCUGUCCUUAACUCGGAUGAAGAAUGCCGCCUUGGCUUCAGAGCUACAGUAGCUGAACACGUGUUUCUGAACAGGGCAUGUAAACCGUUAGAAAUGUGAGGGGGGGGGUCAUCAGUGCAUCCAAGGUACCCGACUGCUAGAAAAAUGAGAACGCCUUUAUUCUCGGAUAAUUCGCAGCAAAAUCAACUUGCGUAGUUUUGAGAGUUGCACCUUUUCCCUUUGUAAGGAAGGAACAGUUUAAUAGUAGCAGGUAAACUGGGCUUGGGUCCUCAGUCACCAGCAGUCACCAACAAAGGUGCUAUAUUUCUUAACACGUUUUGAAAUAACUGCGCUUGGCCUGUCUUUGCAAACCACGUCAUGACUCGUUGACGGAUUCAGGACAGAUCAGGUUGUUGUAUUGUGGAGACCAAAGUGUACACAACCAUGGCGUCCAGAAUCACGGCUGCGAGGACAACCAGAGGUUUGUCAGCCAUAGGUGGCGGUGCUGAAUUUUGUUGUAUUUCUCUGAGAAACGGUACAGGUGGAGCCGCUGUAGAAGUCCCACCUUUCCCCUGCUGCACCCCUACUGCACCUCGGCUAUUGUGAAAGUAAAUGUUUGGCGGGGGGGUUCACUUUUGCUUCCUUCCCAGCAAACACGACGCCCGCCUGCCAAAAGGGUAGGUGGGCUAGCUGGGUUUCGGAGACAUGAGAUUUCUGGGUCUACCACCCGACAGAAGGAGGCUUCUGUGGCACUGAUGCAGGAUAAAUGGGUGGAGGAGGAUUUCUACAGCAGCGGCCUCCUGUCUUUGAUUUCUGAGCAGUUUUGUGCAUCUCAGUUAAAAACCAUGUGCGCUCAUCAGCACCUGUGUCAUCUCCCUGUGCCCCAACUCCCCCCAUUUCCUGUAGGCAAUAAAAUUGUCGUUUUUCAA